AUGGCUACCCCUAGUGUCCUUACCUUUGAUGCUGAGGGUCGUGCUGUUGACUUUGAGGUCUGGGUCGAUGACCUCCAGCUCUUCCUACAGUGUGAUAGGGCAGACGGACUCUCCCUAUUCGAUCUCACCUCUGGUGCCUCUCCUGCCCCGCCUGCUGAUGCUGACAGCACUGUUCGCUCACAGUGGGCCACACGCGAUGCUGCUGCACGUCUUUCUGUGCGUCGCCACUUACCGACCGCUGAGCCGGCCCCGUCGCCGCCCUUCGAGGCCCCUUGCGGCCCCUUUGCGGCCCCGUCGCCCGCCCCUAGCGGCCCCGUCGCCGCCCCUAUCGGCCCCGUCGCCGCCCUUCGCGGCCCCGUCGCCGCCCUUCGCGGCCCCGUUGCCGCCCCUCUAGGCCCCUCGCGGCCCCUUUGCGGCCCUGUCGCCGCCCCUAGCGGCCCCGUCGCCGCCCUUCGAGGCCCCUCGCGGCCCCUUUGCGGCCCCGUCGCCGCCCCUAGCGGCCCCGUCGCCGCCCCUAUCGACCCCGUCGCCGCCCUUCGCGGCCCCGUCGCCGCCCUUCGCGGCCCCGACACCGCCCCUAGCGGCCCCGUCGCCACCCUUCGCGGCCCCGUCGCCACCUCUAGCGGCCCCGUCGCCGCCCUUCGCGACCCCGUCGCCGCCUCUAGCGGCCCCGACGCCGCCCUUCGCGGCCCCGUCGCCGCCUCUAGCGGCCCCGUCGCCGCCCUUCACGGCCCCUUCAGCCGCCAAGCAGCCGAGCCACCGAGCUAA